GAACCAAAUUAUGACAGUGUCCAAGUCUUAUCAAAGCUUAGCAUGAAAUUGCAUAACCUCAGACCUGCUGAGCACCAUGAAAAUGAAGACAGUGAUGAUGAGGAGGAAAUGGAACAAGAUUGGGAAUUGUCUGAUUACUUAAUAAUGUUCAAUAAACCUGACAGAGUGAGAAAACUGCUGCAUUUCUUGCAUAGAAACAGCACUGAUCAAGUUUUGACAUCUUUCACACAGCUUUGUCAUAAUUUGUUGUUGGUCUAUAAGGAUUCUAUGAGAAAGUAUUUAUUAUUAUAUCGACUAGGAUUGAGCGGCAAAUUCAUCAACAUGUUAUGGAAAAAUAUUUCCAAUAAUUUAUGUGAGCAGCUAGAAAUGAAGGGGGCAUGCUUGAACUCAUGGAGUGAGUGUCAUACGACACUUUCUGUAUUUUGUGAUAUGUUUACGUUUUUUAUUGAAACUUUGACUGAUAGAGAAAAUGUGGACCUGGGUGAUGCGUUUCUACAAAAUGACCUCUACAAUAUGUCCAAGUUAUUGAAAAAAGUUGCAAAAGACUUGAUUGAAGUCGCAUUUCCGAUGUGCAGAUCAAGUACAAUUACAGCAACGCCGGAAGUUCUACACCUGUACAAAACAUGUUUAAAUUGUGUAAGGGUGUUAUAUAAUUUAGAUACAAGAAAACAUUUUUGUCCAGCAGGUUUCUGGACAGCCGAAAAAAUUCAUGUGUCACCAGAUCUUUGUAGAAAAGAUCUUUCAAGAACUAUAUUGCCAUUUCACGGACUCGUAUACGACGAUAAUGGUACGUUGUAA